GUCAUUGACAAAAUGGUUGGCCGCACUUAUACGUAGCAACCUUCCUUGCUCUAAUAUCACGAGACAUUUGGAGCUUUGAAAUACUCAUAUCAUAACACACCAUAACAAUAACGUUACUGCCUCAUCAUGCCACAAGAAACCGCUGCUGUUAAUGCCAACGCUAAUGCCGGCUUCUGGAAAGAACUCGACUCAUGGAAGACACCCGUGGCUAAAGAGGUCGGCCCUACAGUCGAGGUUGGAUCUAAAGCGCCCUGGUCUCAACACCUUCGCCUUCCAGACGGAAAACCUACUCUCGUGGUGUUUCUCCGUCAUUGCGGAUGCCCCUUCGCUGAAAAGACAUUCAGAGCUCUCGCCGACCUAUCCGAUAAGGUCCCAGGGGUCCAUUGUGUCGCCAUCUCGCACUCUUCAGAAGAGGCAACAGACAACUGGCUGCCCCUCGUCGGCGGCACCUGGAACGUCGAUGUUGUGAUUGAUGAAGAGCGGGACUUGUAUGCCAAAUGGGGCCUCGGAAUAUCAUCAACAUGGCACGCCGUUAACCCUCUCACGUUGUGGAACGUCUUCAGCCUUGGAAAGAAUGAGGGCAUCUGGAAUCGGCCAACUGAGAGUGGCUCACGGUGGCAGACGAGCGGUGCCUUUGCUGUUGAUCGAGACGGAACUAUCCGCUGGGCUCAUGUGGCGAGAACCGCUGAUGAUAUGCCGGAUCUCAACGCUGCUAUGACUGCGCUUGGACAUCCACCCCCUGAGAAGAAGCGCUACUCAAGGCAUGAGCACCAGUAGAACUACUAAUUGAAGCGGUUGAGCUUAUCUCAGUGCGCAUAUAUAAGCCCCCCAGAAAGGGGCUGUCAUGUGUCAAUACUAAGCACCACUGUCACCAGCAUUCGCAAGAUAGGGGCCAUCAAAGUCCAAUUAAUAUAUUUGUGUGGUGUUUAUGGGGUAUCUUGUGUCAUGAUGUAUUGCUCCAGUACUCGAACAAUACUUGAACCCGCCUCUUGCCCUGGCCUUUGGAUGAGAGCAUAAUGGCGAAGCAAAGACGAUGGCGGUGGUCCGUACAUGUUUCGCCGUCUAGAAAGACAAGACCAUGCUCAGCCGUCCAACCUCUAUGUUUCUUCUUCGUGAUGCAACAACAGAACACAUCCCGUCAGACCAGCCAGUGUGCAUGAUCUUGGAAGCUACCAAACCAACCAGCCCAACACUGCUCACCAUUUCUAGGGCCAGCAUCCCUUUCUGCUUGAGGCCUCCCCCCAUCUCCAAGAGGCCGAGUGGGUCCUGGUGUGUAGGUUGAGGAG